CCAAAUCUCUCUCUCUCUCUCUCUCUCUCUGAAGAAAUGCAGAGAAGCCUGAUCUGACUUGCCCUGCCUGGCUCGGAGAGUUUUUCCCCUCCUGCUCCUCCACUCGGAUCUAACACGGAGUCAGUCCACGCGCCGCGAUCACUUUUAUUAUGGCCAUUUCUGCCUCUGUGCAGUGUCUGGGGCUCAUCACGCUGGCUGCAAUCCUGCUGCAGACCAUCGCCGUGGCCGUCAGCUUCAUGUACUUCAACAAAGUGCUGAACACGAUGCAGGAGAGUUUUUCCCGGAGCGGCGUCUCCUGUCUCAUAAACUCAAAUCUUCACUCAGAAUCCGAAGAGCUGGCAGCCGAGGACAAAAGGAGCGACCCUUGCUGGCAGUUCACGCAACAGCUCCACUACCACAUAGAAAAGAGGAUGGCUGACAGGUUUCAGAACGAGAUGUCCAUCGCCAUGAAAAAUAAGCUGACGGGGGGGCUGCCUGUCCUGAACCCUGCGAGCAGAGGCGUCCCUCCUCCGAAAGUUGCAGCGCAUGUGACCGGGGCGGUGUCAUCCAUAGAGCCUCCACCAGCAGAGAGCUCGAGGAGCAGCAGGGGGUACCUGGGAGAGCGCAUCAGGGCGUGGGAGAGCCAGAGGGGUCCGUCCUUCCUGGAGAACAUGGAACUGAGGGGAGGCGAGCUGCUGGUGCCCAGAGCCGGCCUCUACUACAUCUACGCCCAGACCUACUUCAGACUGCCGUCCACAGGGGAGACGGAGGGGGACGGGAGGGAGGAAGAGGAAGCACAGCUGGUCCAGUACAUCUACAAGAAGAUGAGUUCCUACACCGUGCCCAUCCUGCUGAUGAAGUCGUCCCGCAGCGCCUGCUGGCCUCGCGGUCCGGAGCCGGGCCUCUUCUCUCUGCACCAGGCCGGCACCGCCUUCCUCCAGCCAGCAGACCGCCUCUUCAUCAGCGUGAGCAACGCCAGCGCCAUGGAGAUGGACGGGAGGGCGAGCUACUUCGGGGCGUUCUUGGUGGGAUAAGGGAGGUUUUUCUGAGACCGGAGCAGAAAGAAGCACGAGCAGCGGUGGAUCCAAACGGCCGGAGUGUUGCUCAAGAGCACCAACGACUGUCUGGGCAGGGGGACUUCUUCUGGAUCAGGGACCUUUAACGGUUAUGAUCCAACUGAGCUGCAGCAAGGACAGCGAGGAGGAAGCGAUGUGUAUUCGCCCCUGCGUCGACCUUUUCACUGGCCACGGUUGAACUCCUCUGUUGAACAGAACUCACCGUAUCACCGGGACGAAAGAGCAGAGACGUAUGAAUCCUGUUAUCGAAGCGGGAUGUUUCGCCCGCAGGCGGAACAGUCCGUUUGUGAGUUCCUGGUGUUUUCAGAGAUUGAGAGCAGCGUCGGACGCUGGACACUGAGGUUUUAUUUAAGUAAAGAAGAAUCAAACACCCGACAUCAUUCUACCUGUUGAGUAUUAUGAAGAUUAUUUGUUUACAGUAUUUAUGGCUAAAUUCCUUCUUUGUGUAAUGUCUUGGCUGAUCGUGUUGUAGCCAAAAGAAGAAGCUGUGACCUUGAUGUGCUGCAUUUUAGAAAGGUUUUAAGAUUUACACUUGUUCAUCCGACGCCAAUUCUCUGGAAAUUGAAAGACAAAUUGUCUAAAAAAGUUUGGAGAGAUCCUUUCUUUCUGCAAUAUAGAUUCCAAUGAACCAUAUAUAUGGUUUGCAGUUUGUCUUAAGAAUUAUAGGACAAAUUGGUGAAGACAUUUAUGACCUCCAUAAAGCAAUGCAGUACAUGUUCCUUUACUGGCCUCGGGCCAAACGUUUGUUUUUCUUCAAUUUCAGCUCCAAGAAAAACAAAUACAAUUUCCUCAGUGGAGUAUAGAUUUAAAGAGCCUUAAAAGUACAGAGUCUCUGUGAAUUGGUAGUGCUUUUCUCCGUGAUCAAGCUUCUCACAUCUGCUGCUUGUAAUUACGUCAGUGUUGUUUUUCUCUUGCAACAUCUGUCUAUGUGAUCAAUACAGGGAGAUCGUGUUUUCGGAGUGAGUUCACACUCGUCACGCUAAUUAAACCCGGCUGUCAUGCGAUUGCCACUUUUAUGUUUGUCGUGUGUGGAUGUCGAAGAAAACCUGGAUGCAGCACUGACCUAACUCAAAUAAUAUGCAAAAAAAAAUCAGAGAAAGUGUUUAUAUAUCAAGUUUAGUUGUGAUCAGUUGGUGCUCUUGAUUGAUUGGUUUUCCGUUGUGUGGAUAAUCCGACCCCCUGCUACACAAAAAGGCAAAAA